AUGGACCCGAAGGGCCACUUCAAGGAGCCCUUUCUCUACGUGGAGACGAAGGGCGUGGAGGAGGAGAAGCGGCAGCUGUACUUUACCUUUGUGGAAAAGUGCUUCGACCACCUUUUGCAACAAAGCGAUGAGUACAUCCUCGCGACAGUGAAGAGGAACGGAUCGCUGGUUUCGUUUUUCUUUUCUCAUUUGUUAAGUCCGCAUAGAAGUUACGACUUGCCGCUCGACCGACCGGAUGGGGAGAGAGAGCGAUCCCCAUUCGAUAAGCACAUUUUCAACCUGUACAUCAAAUUGGUCAGAAUUUACCUGAACAAGGACAGGCGAGAAACGAGUACCAUAAAAUCGACCUUAAUAAAAAUUCACGUCUUUAUGGACAUCAUCAUGAUGUUCCAUCGAUCGAAAAGGAAAAAAAAGGAAAUCAAAAAUUUGCUAAAUGAAGCAUACAGAGUGAACAGAAUUAACUUCCUAAACAUGAGCAAGUAUAUUUCAUUCCUCUACGAGGAGGUAAAAACUCUGAAGGAGGAAAUAGAGCGUCAUGCUCACAACAGGGGGAAUCUGCAGAACCUCCUCUUCAAAAUUAACGAGUUCGCUGUAGCUCUCUUUUGUUUUGUAAAAUUUUUUCACCCUUUUAAUUAUUUCGACCGCAUGGAAAAUAAGCAGACGAAGGAUUUGAUCCUCCUAAGGUUGAUUUUCUACCGAGGGGUGGACGUGGGGUCCUUUUCUCUCUCCACUUCCGCUCCGGAGAUUCUCAAGGGGGGCGAGGGCUCCGGCGGAAGUUCCUUCAUCCAUUUGCUCGUGCGGACGUACUUCGAAAUGAUUCACCACCUGUACGAAGACACCCUGAAGGAGGCCGCGCGCAAGGACCUGCUCUACCUGCGGCACCUCUUCGCGCGAACACUAACCAUGAUGGUCAAGUACCUCCUCCUGCACGGCAACGAAAAGAACAAACUCUUAGUCGUCUCCAUCCUUAUCGACAUGUUGAAGCAAACCAGUGAAGAAAUGAAUCUCCUCUACUUCCUACGAAACGACAUGCACAUGUGCAGGUGGAAUUUUCUCCAAAAGUUCGUCCUAAAGGAUCAACUGGACGUCGACUUUUAUUUUUACCUGAACGGGUUUUUAAGAGUUAAUAGCAAAAGGGAAGUAGCCAAAAUGAGCGAGAAAAAAUACCGAAACGAGAUCGAGCGCCUCGUGGAGAUCACCGGUUUGAAGGACGUGGGCGUUGUGCUGAAGGUGCUGCAGAGGAACAACUUUGACUUUUGCAAAGCUGUGGAGGAGGCCCUGGCCCGGGGCGAGCAGUUGGGGGGGAGUAGCGAUGGGGGGAGUAGCGAUGGGGGGAGUAGCGGUGGAGGGAGUGGUGAUGGUAAAAGUGGAGAUGAUCAAAGUAGCGAUGGCGGAAGUAGCGAUGGCGUAAGAAGCGAUGACCGAAGUAGCGAUGGCGGAAGUGGUGAUGAUCGAAGGAGCCUGGUUCACCCCGUCGAGCGCGCCAAACCGCGCGCGGCUGCAAAACACAGGCAGAGGAACAUCCUGGACGUGCUGCGCGAACGCACGCGGAUGGAAAAGCCCCACAGAAGGAGAAGCAGCAAAAGCAGAUACACCAAUGAUGGCCUAGGGGAAGAAAAUAAAAAUAAAAUUUUCGAUCUGCUGGAGAGGUCGAGCAGCGCUGAUGGCCUUCCGGGGGAUGGCUCGCUGGAGAAUUACCAGAAUGAUGUGUUGCCGUGCACGUCGUACAGGAAGAAUUACAGGACCAAGCGGUACUACAUGAAGAAGACGGCCAACAAGGGGAAGUCCCACAGGCGCCAGUACGACAAGAAGAUGAGCCGAGGAAUGCUGUGA